AUUGUUAUCCCGAGCAUUUGCUAUCCGAGUAUCAUAUGCUUGAUUUGCCAAACCGAAAGGGGUUAUGCAAUCGCCUGUCUCUCGAACUGAACUGCACUGAACUGAGGCUUCCACCUGGUAUCCUGGUAUCCUGGCAUUCUGGCGUUCUGGCAUCCUGACAACGCUUUUGCAAUGGGAUUCCCGUCUAAAAUACCUCACAAAAAUGCCUUAGCUAACCAACCUGCUGGAAUCUUAUUUUGUCAGCGUAAUGACAGGCUAAGCAGUCGAAAUUCCCAAACUCCCAUUUAUUUUCCACUGGCACCGAAAAAUGCUUAUGGCCCCCGGGCGCAGAGCAUUCCCUGGUCCUCUGGCUCUGGUGCUUGUGGCUCGCAGUUGAGAGUCGAGUGCCAAAGAGGACGCUUCGCCCAGGCCAGAAACUCCCGGUCUGAAUUAGCCGCCCGAGACUUGCAGCCCCAGGCCUGGCUCCAUCCGCAUCCGUGGGUGGCACUUGACUCCAAACAUUUUCGCCUAUCUGGGUUACAGGGCCUACUUGCGCUACGUGCAAUCACAGCCAGAGGAGAAAAUGUCGCUGAAUCCGAAUGGGUAUAAACUGUCCGAGAGGACGGGCAAACUGACGGCAUAUGAUCUCAUGCCCACCACAGUGACCGCUGGCCCGGAGACACGGGAGUUCCUGCUGAAGGUAAUCGACGUGCUUCUGGACUUUGUGAAGGCCACUAACGACCGCAAUGAGAAGGUCCUGGACUUCCACCAUCCCGAGGACAUGAAGCGUCUGCUCGAUCUGGAUGUUCCCGAUCGCGCCUUGCCGCUGCAGCAGCUCAUCGAAGACUGCGCCACCACACUGAAGUACCAAGUCAAGACGGGACAUCCCCACUUCUUCAACCAGUUGUCCAACGGUCUGGACCUGAUCUCCAUGGCAGGAGAGUGGCUGACGGCCACGGCCAACACCAACAUGUUCACCUAUGAGAUUGCGCCAGUUUUCAUCCUGAUGGAGAAUGUGGUGCUGACCAAGAUGCGUGAGAUUAUUGGCUGGUCGGGUGGCGAUUCCAUUCUGGCCCCCGGAGGUUCCAUCUCCAAUCUGUAUGCCUUCCUGGCUGCGCGACACAAGAUGUUCCCGAACUACAAGGAGCACGGCUCGGUGGGAUUGCCGGGUACACUGGUGAUGUUCACCUCGGAUCAGUGUCAUUACUCGAUCAAAUCAUGUGCCGCCGUUUGUGGACUGGGCACCGAUCACUGCAUUGUGGUGCCCUCGGAUGAGCACGGCAAGAUGAUCACCUCGGAGCUGGAGCGACUGAUCCUGGAGCGCAAGGCCAAGGGCGACAUCCCCUUCUUCGUGAACGCCACUGCCGGCACCACUGUGCUGGGAGCCUUCGAUGAUAUCAACACGAUUGCAGAUAUCUGCCAGAAGUACAACUGCUGGAUGCACAUCGAUGCUGCUUGGGGCGGCGGAUUGUUGAUGUCGCGUAAGCAUCGUCAUCCCAGAUUUACUGGUGUUGAGCGGGCCGAUUCGGUCACCUGGAAUCCCCACAAGCUCAUGGGAGCCCUGCUCCAGUGCUCCACGAUCCACUUCAAGGAGGAUGGCCUGCUCAUCAGCUGCAACCAGAUGUCGGCGGAGUAUCUCUUCAUGACCGACAAGCAGUACGACAUUAGCUACGACACCGGCGACAAGGUGAUCCAGUGCGGCCGGCACAACGACAUCUUCAAGCUGUGGCUCCAGUGGCGGGCCAAGGGAACCGAGGGAUUCGAGCAGCAGCAGGACCGCCUCAUGGAGCUGGUCCAGUACCAGCUGAAGCGCAUCCGGGAGCAGUCCGACCGCUUCCACCUGAUCCUCGAGCCGGAGUGCGUCAACGUCUCCUUCUGGUACGUGCCCAAGCGACUGAGAGGAGUGCCACACGAUGCCAAGAAGGAGGUGGAGCUGGGAAAGAUCUGCCCCAUCAUCAAGGGCCGCAUGAUGCAGAAGGGAACGCUGAUGGUGGGCUACCAGCCCGACGAUCGCCGGCCCAACUUCUUCCGCUCGAUCAUCUCGUCGGCGGCGGUCAACGAGGCGGAUGUGGACUUCAUGCUGGACGAGAUCCAUCGCCUGGGCGACGACUUGUAAGGGGUUUCAGUCUGGUUCGGUUCGGGUCGGCUCGGCUUCGAUUGGUAUGGGUAAGAUCACACAACCAAGAAGUAUCAUUUAGGUAAAAGCAUAUCAGAAGACCGGCUGAAGAACCGGGUAUGAUGGGUAUGAUGGGUAUCCCGGUAGUCAUCAGAGUUCAAUGUUAAAUGUAAAUUUGUUUGUAUCUAUAACGUGUUGCUAGAUGUUCCUUUACGAUUUCUCAUUCUGUUAUCCGUUGACCGUUAUUCGUUAAGCGUCGUUAUCCGUUCGUCCCGGAGUUGGAAAAAAAAAAAUACUAUGUAUAAUCGAGGCGUUUUACUUUUACGUUCGUUGGCAACUAUAUCUAAAUCGAUGGACAUAGAGGAGAAUCCACAAGUAAUAUUUGAAUAUCUAUAUGUAUACCGCAAAUAACGAUAGAAUUCAGAGCAUAGAAGCCACCGCUCCACACACGCACCACCAAAUUGAAAAACAGUCCCAGCCCCACACUAAAGUAAUAUGAUAUAAUGCUAUAUAUACGAUAUAGAAACUGUUGGAACGCUAUCUUAACAUAUCAGGAGAAGAUGAAGAGCAGUUAAGGACCUUAGUUCAAUUCGUUGAUUUCACUUUGUUUGCAAAUAGAGAAUGUUUUCAAAUAUAUUUUAUCUAUGGCCAUGCGUACCUUUAUAAAAAUGAGAUCGAAAGAGACCUGUGCUUGUUAAUUGUAUAGACAAACCAAAGAGAGGGCAUCUGAACCGCAGAUCCCAUUUAGUCCAUGUAUCGAACUGUGCUAUAUAUAGAGACAUGAAUACGUAUAAUCGAAUUAGUUGGAGUUUAGUUACCACAAAAUGGCUGACAAACAUAUAUUGCCCGGAGUCAAUUAAGCUCAAUUACGAAUGUUGGAAGAUUCUGAUUUUAGUUAAGUUUUAAUCAGUUAGUUGCUCCAGAAAGGUUGGAAUGGUAAGUCCCUAUAUUGAAAGAACACAAUCAGACAUAUUACAUUCUACCUGUGCACGAAACUUGUUUGUCAAUUCCUCAAAAGUAACAAAAUAAUGGCAUAAAAAGUAAAACAAACACCUAUAGUACUUUAAAGCGUGUUAUCUAAGUUUAUUAAGCAUCGCGCUCAUCUUGUGUAUGUAUAAAUUAAUGUAUGUAUAUGUAUUCGCAGAGAUCCAAAUCAAAGCCAGAACAAGAAUUAUUCCAACAUCUAUAUAAAUGCAAAUGAAUAUAUUAUAUAUAUGAAUAUAUGGGUAAAAUAAAUAAAAGUAACCAAA